UGACGCUACUAGAAACCAAAGUGACGACAGGCGAUAUUUGUUGUCAUAUCUGUUUUUGUUGUGAAGAGCAAAGGCGAGGAUCAUCUUUGCUCGGAUGGACCUAAGGUGAAUAUUAUAGAGAGGUAGAAUGUAAAACACGAUGGCUGGUUUUGAAACGUACCAGGAGUAUCAUCGGAUAGAAGACUGUGAUGAAGACUCACCCCCGGGAGAGGAAGAUUUACUCAUCCAUGUGUCAGAGGGCAGAGGAGACCCAUGGCAUCAUAUCAAGAACCUCGACAAUUUCUUCACAAGAAUAUAUCAUUUUCAUCAGAAGAAUGGAUUCGCCUGUAUGGUGUUAUCAGAAUUUUUCGAGCUUGUGCAAUUCCUGUUUGUGGUCACGUUUACAACUUUCCUCUUCAACUGUGUGGAAUAUGAUGUUCUCUUUGCCAACCGAGUGGUCAACCACACGGGUCAGAGCCUCGGUCCUCUGGACAGGAACAAGGUCACCCUUCCUGAUGCUAUUUUACCCAGCGAGCAAUGCACUGAGAGGAUUCAAGGAAACAGCUGGAUCAUCUUUCUCUUGAUAAUGGCGGCCAUUUUCUGGCUCUAUCGGCUUGUGAAGGUGAUCUUUAACGUCCUCAGCUACUGGGAGAUCCGGCAGUUUUAUAUUAAAGCUCUGAAAAUACAGAUGGAUGAGCUGUGUAACUUCACAUGGCAAGAAGUUCAAGGGCGUUUGAUUCACCUGCAGCGUGAGCAUCCCAUGUGUGUCCAGAAGCGGGAACUCUCCGAACUAGACAUCUACCACCGCAUCCUGCGCUUUAAAAACUACACAGUGGCCAUGAUCAACAAGUCCCUGCUGCCCGUCAGACUGCGCGUGCCCUUCUUCGGCGACAUGAUUUUCCUCACGCAGGGCCUAAAAUACAACUUUGAGCUCAUUCUGUUCUGGGGACCCCUCUCACUCUUCCAGAACAAAUGGAGCUUGCAUCCUAAAUACAAACGGGCGGCAAACCGGCAGGACCUGGCCAAGCAGCUGAGCCGCGUCAUCCUGCUGACGGGGCUGGUCAAUCUGCUGCUGUGCCCCUUCGUGCUGGUGUGGCAGGUGCUGUACGCGUUCUUUAGCUACGCUGAGGUCAUCAAGCGGGAGCCGGGGAGUUUGGGCGCCCGGCGCUGGUCGCUGUACGGUCGGCUCUACCUGCGCCACUUCAACGAGCUGGAUCACGAGCUGCAAGGCAGGAUGGGCCGUGGGUACAAACCCGCCGCCAAGUACAUGAAUGUCUUUGUUUCUCCCAUGUUGGCGGUGCUGGCCAAGAACGUGGCUUUCUUCUCCGGCUCGGUGUUCGCCGUGCUCAUCGCUCUGACGGUGUACGAUGAAGACGUGCUGACCGUGCAACACAUCCUCACGGCCAUCACCGUGCUUGGCGUGGUCAUCACCAUCACCAGGUCGUUUAUUCCAGAUGAACAUAUGGUGUGGUGUCCCGAACAGUUGCUGCAGUGUGUCCUGGCACACAUCCACUACAUGCCCGACCACUGGAAGGGCAACGCCAACAAGAGCGAGACCCGGGAUGAGAUGGCACAGCUUUUCCAGUAUAAAGCGGUCUUCAUCUUGGAGGAGCUUCUCAGUCCCAUAAUUACGCCCUUCAUCCUCAUCUUCCCCCUGCGGAGCAAGUCUUUAGAAAUCAUCGACUUCUUCCGGAACUUCACCGUGGACGUGGCAGGAGUGGGAGACAUUUGCUCAUUCGCCCAGAUGGACAUCAGGCGCCAUGGCAACCCACAGUGGAUGUCUGAAGGCCAGACGGAGGCCUCGGUGUACCAGCAGGCUGAGAACGGCAAGACGGAGCUUUCCCUGAUGCACUUCACCAUCAAAAACCCUCGCUGGCAGCCCCCGCAGGACAGCUCGGUGUUCAUCAGUCACCUGAUGGAGAAGGUGCAACAUGACGCUCAGACGGGACCGUCUCCUCAGCUGCUGCUGUCCGAGGCUCCUCUCUGUACCUCGCUGCUGUCCAACGAGUCCGCCACUGGGCCUGAUAACCUGUUAGCCAGUGUGUUGGCUCACCCUGUGCUGACUGCCUCUGGACUGCCCGGAAGGAACCGGCGCUUCAUCACUCCGAACAGUGCGGCUUCAGCCGCGGCUAGUGUCCUGGCGUCGCUCUCGUCUUCCCAGCAGCCCCAUGCAGGACGAUCUCGCUCACACACAUCCCGACAGCAGCACGACGGCCUCGUGUACUACAGCGACCACACUGUGUCCGACAGCAUGUCCGCUAGUGACUCCAAGAUGCUCAGCCAGUCUCAUUCAGCCCUGGUGUCGGAGUUUGCAUCUGCCGAGAUGAGCCUGCACGCUAUAUACAUGCAUGAGGUGCAUCAGCAGAAGACCCAGCAUGCACCUGGACUGUUUCAGGCCUCUGUGCCAAUGAGGGACUUGAGUGCCAACAGUGCUCAAUUUCCCGAGACACAGACAGUCACCUUGGAGUCGCCCACUUCUGUCCGUCUGGGUGGCUGGGCUGAAGAGGAGGAGCAGGGGGACGAGGAAGAGAUAAACAUCAACCGUGUGCCAGAUCAGACCAGCAGAGGGAGCAGCUGAAGUGCCUUCAACCUGUACGGUUUUGUGUUGAUUUUUUGGGAGUUGUGGCCUUGCUUUGAAACCUUUUGAUAAGCAUGCUGGGA